GAUCGUUCUUUAUCCUGUGCACAUACUAAGUAGUCUGUGUAUCGUGCUCGAACUCACGGUCAGUCAUUGUGACAUUUUUGUUACACCUAAUUUUAUACAAUGUCAUUUUUACUAGACUAUUUUAUACACUCCAUUGCAUUUAAAACGUGUGUUUGUAUCUUUUUUAUGCUAAAUAUAUUACAUGUUCAAAGCUUUGAGCCACAGUAUUCCCUGGAAACAAGAUACAUUGAUGUACCCUUAGACCAUUUUUCUGCUGUGGCAAAGCCGAAGUACUUUAAAUUAAGGUAUUUAAUAAACGCCAAAUAUCACGUCAAAGGAGGACCAAUAUUUCUUUAUACUGGAAAUGAAGGAGAUAUUUCGAUUUACGGUCAAAAUACAGGUUUCAUGUUUGACAUUGCCCCUGUCUUUAAUGCACUUGUGGUUUUCAUUGAGCAUAGAUAUUACGGACAAUCACUGCCAUUUGGAAACACGUCAUUUUCUUCCCCAGAAAACUUAAGAUAUUUAACAACCACCCAAGCUUUGGCAGAUUUCGCUUACGUUGUUAAUGAAUUGAAGAAAAACUUCUUUGAAAAUGUUAUAUCUUAUGAUACCUACCCUUUCGUUGCUUUCGGAGGGUCAUACGGAGGAAUGCUAGCUGCUUGGCUUAGAAUGAAGUAUCCAUAUUUAGUAUUAGGAGCUGUUUCAUCUUCGGCUCCGAUUUUUGGUUUUCCAGGAAUGGCAAGUUGCGAAUUAUUUUACGAGAAAGUAACCCAAGUUUUUGAAAAAUAUGGUAGAGAGCAGUGUGUCAAAACGAUUAAACUUGGAUGGGAUGUCAUCGUCAAUUUAUCCAAGACAAAAUUAGGUAUGGACUUUAUAUCAUCUUCCUGGAAACUAUGCAAUAGAUUAAAAACCAAUGAAGACGUUGAGAAAUUACUGAAUUGGUUAAGCAACAUCUAUGAAAAUUUGGCAAUGCUAAACUACCAUUACCCAACGGAUUUCUUUUUACCUCUACCAGCUUAUCCCGUCAAAGUGUUUUGCGAUAAACUCACAACCUCUUACUUUAACGACACGAAAGGCUUGAUAGAACACUUCAGUAAUGCAAUUGAAAUAUAUACCAAUUACACUGGGAAAAAAGUAUGCAACAACUUAAACAGCACCGUAGAGGAUUACAGUGAACGUGCAUGGGAUUACCAAAGUUGCACAGAACUCGUUUUUCCCAAAUGUUCCACAGACGCUGACAUGUUUAUAACCAAACCUUGGAACUAUGAGAAUUACGCGGCUCAAUGCUACAAAAAAUUUGGAGUAAAAGCCUUAGAUCCUGGUUGGGCUUUAAUGGCGUAUGGCGGGAAAAAUUUAAAAUAUUAUUCAAACAUUAUAUUCAGUAACGGAAUGAUGGAUCCAUGGUCUUGUUUUGGAGUGUUUACCAAUCGAUCUGCUACAGUAUGGGCUUUUAAUAUUACUGAUGCUCCACAUCACGUAGAUUUAAGACAUUCUGAUCCAGCGGAUAAUAAUUACAUUUUAGAUGCUAGAAAAUUCCAUAUUCAAGCCAUCAAACAAUGGUUAAAUAUGGUUUGAAUGGAUCUAGGUGUAGUCCAAAUCAAUAGCAUAAUUUGGCAAUAAAAAGUUAAAAUUAUUCAAUUGCAUUUUAUUCGUGA